UUGAGAUAUAGCAUGUCAUUGUCUUCAUCUUCAUCCAAAGAGCUGUAGCCAUGAAAUACAUGUCAAGUUUCUCCAAACAGGAGUCAACCGACAGUCUGACAACAUAUUUAUUGGAGGUAAUCCUGUCACACCCGGCCUUAUCCUGUGUUUUACUUCUGGCUGCUCUCGCUAGCAUCCGCUGGUACAUCAGAGAUUCCUACAAGGUUGAUGGCUUCAACCAGAAGCAUGUGUUCAUCACAGGCUGUGACAGCGGCUUCGGGAAUCUGCUGGCUCGGCAGCUGGAUGGAAAAGGCUUCCACGUCAUAGCUGCAUGUCUCACAGAGAGAGGAGCAGCAGAUUUGGCAGCAGCGACCUCCUCCAGACUGAAGACCCUCCUGCUGGAUGUUACAGACAGUACCAGCAUCAGGAGAGCGGUGGAGUUUGUGAGCAAAGAGGUCGGAGAGCGAGGUCUGUGGGGUCUGGUGAAUAAUGCCGGCAGGUCGAUACCCAUCGGUCCAACAGAAUGGAUGCAGUUGGAGGACUUCAAGAAGGUUUUGGAUGUGAAUCUGAUAGGCCUCAUUGACGUGACAAUCCAGUUUCUGCCCCUGCUGAAAAAGUCCCAAGGCAGGGUGGUUAAUGUGGCCAGUAUUAUGGGCAGACUGUCUAUGACUGGUGGAGGAUACUGCCUGUCCAAAUGGGGAGUGGAGGCCUUCUCCGACAGCCUCAGGAGGGACAUGCGGCCCUUUGGCAUACAAGUGAGCAUCAUCGAGCCUGGUUUCUUCAAGACAGCUGUUACCAGCCUGGAUGGUAUUGAAGCUGACCUGAGGAGGCUGUGGACCCGCCUCCCUCAAGAUGUCAAAGACUCCUAUGGAGACGCAUAUUUUGAUGAAUAUUUGAAAGCUCAGGGGUUGUCCAUGGCCAUCUUGUGCAGUCCAGAUCUCUCUAAGGUGACCAGGUGUAUGGAGCUCGCACUGACAGCUCGUUUCCCACGCACACGUUACGGUGCAGGCUGGGAUGCCAAGUUGUUUUGGAUCCCCCUGUCCUACCUCCCGUCAUUUGUGUCGGACUUUAUUGUCCUUGGGCUUCUUCCUGCACUUAAGGAUCAAAGAAACAGCUACUAAACUGAAAAAUAUGAGUGGUAUUUUUCUAAAAGUGAUGAACAAGAUUUAUUAUAACAAGAUUAUGAGGAGUGUUAAGACUGUGUUACAAAAUAAGAGGUUUAUUCAUUGAUGUCUCAUCAGCAGGAAUUUAA